AUGUCGAAACGGUAUCAUCCUGAUGCAGCUCGCCAACGAGAUAUAUUGCCAGGGUCUUGCAACAAUGACGAUGAAGUCAGGGAAGAGUGGGAACGCAUCAAAUUCAGCUACGAAAUUCUGACCGAUAAGAGACUGAGAAAAAAGUUUGACAGACACGAGGUCCUGGCCGAUCCACAGGCUGCAAUGAAACGAGCUGCAUUCGAUGCUGCCGGAAACGCCGCUGCCGGUCUUGGAAAGGGACUAUUUUCAGUAGGCAAGGGACUAUUCAACAUGGGAGCCAAAGCGGUUUCUACGUCGGCCAAAGUUGUGGUCGAUUCCGUGGACAACAAAAGCAAAGAACAGAAACCAGGCGAGAAAACCAUCAACCGCAGAAACGAUACCGAAGCAUCACCAAAUCCCACUAGUUCGACCAAUAGAGGAGCAUUGGAACUUCCCUAG